AUGGAGAAGAAUCUUCAGACGGAGCAGUCAUCUACUAACUUUGCUCUUCAAAGUUCUUCAGAGACAUUAUUUUCUAUUCAAUUAUUGGAUUUCAAAACGAGUUUACUGGAAGUAUUAGAAGAAUUACGUAUGAGAAGGGAAGCAGAAACUCAAUAUGAAGAGCAGAUUGGUAAAAUUAUUGUGGAAACACAAGAACUUAAAUGGCAAAAGGAAACACUUCAAAAUCAAAAUGAAACACUAGCAAAAAAACACAAAGAAGCAAUGGCAGUUUUCAAAAAGCAGUUGCAAAUAAAGAUGUGCACCUUGGAAGAAGAAAAGGGAAAAUAUCAGCUUGCUGCAGAAAUAAAAGAAAAAGAAAUAGAAGGAUUGAAGGAAACAUUAAAAGCAUUGCAGGUUUCUAACUAUUCCUUAGAGAAGAAAGUGAAUGAAAUGGAAUAUAAAAUUCAAUUAUAUAAUUUGGCUAAAGAAGAUCACCAGAAACAGUUAAAUGAGAUUGAGAAAUACUAUUCCACAAUAACAAGUCAAUUUGGAUUGGUAAAGGAGAAUCAUGAAAAAUUAGAACAAAAUGUAAAAGAAGCAAUACAGUUAAACAAAAAACUCUCAGGUUUAAAUAAAAAACAAGAAUCGGAAAUAUGCAGUUUAAAGAAGGAACUGAAAAAUGUAACCUCAGACUUGAUAAAAUUCAAAGCCACAUGUCAACAUAGGAUGGGAGAAGAAAACAUCAAUUUAACAGUUAAAGAACAAAAAUUACAAGAACUUCAAGAAAGGCUCAACAUGGAAUUGGAAUUAAAUAAGAGGAUUAAUGAAGAGAUUGCCAGAAUUCAAGAAGAAAAACAGGAUAUCAUCAUUUCUUUCCAACGUAUGCAGCAGUUACUUCAGCAACAGACUCAAACUAAUACUGAAAUGGAAGCAAAAGCGAAGAUGUUAAGAGAAAAUAACCAGAUCCUUGAAAGAGAUAAUGAGCUUCAAAGGGAGAAGGUAAAAGAAAAUGAAGAAAAGUUCCUUAAUCUUCAAAAUGAGCAUGAGAAAGCACUAGGAACUUGGAAAAAGAAUGUUGAAGAACUUAAUGAGGAAAUCAAUGAGAUUAAAAACGAGUUGUCAUCACUUACAGAAACUCAUAUUAAGUUACAAGAAAGUUAUAAUGAAUUAUGUCGUCAAAAGCUUGAGGCAGACAAGUUUCAGGCUCGUUCAGAAGUAAAUACUGAAGAUAGAGAAAUGGCAAUGGAAAAAUUAGAAAACACUGUCAUAGGAAAAUAUAACUCUGAGCAAGAAAUAAGGGAAGACAAUAUUGUGAGUUUUUGUUCAGAUUCUGAAUACAAAGAAAAGGAGGAAAAGCGAGGCCCAAAUAUGGAAGAAAUUCUUAUAGAAGAUAUACAGGUCCUUGAAACACUCCAUAGGGAAAUUAAUACUGUGGUACCCCAAGAUGAAAAUCAGAGUGAAAUCUCUCUAAGCAAAACCCUUUAUAUAGAAAAAGAUUUAGUCAAACAACGCUUUAAAGUUACUGAUUUUAGACAAACAGUUACUGUAGAAAUCAAAGACAAGGCAUGCAUGGAAGACAAUGGGUGUAUAGAUUUUAAAUUACCAAAUAAGUCUUUUUUGAUGGCAGGUGAACCAAUAGAAACAGAAAAGAAACACCUAGAAAGAACUGAAGAAUUAGAUUUUUACCAUGUAGAUGUAUAUCUGGAGAAUGAAAAUAACAAAUUAUUUAAUAGUAUCUUAAAUGAGAUAACUCACAAUACAGAUCAUAAAAUAGAUGUUGCUGAAAUUGAACCAUUACAGCAGGUUGGAUUGCUUCCAGGGACUCAAAACGAUAUAGAGAAGGAAAUUACAAAUAAUGACCAAACCAAGCAAUUUAAAUUAUCUCUGCAUAUAAAAAAGAAUUCUGUUCAGUGUUUAGAAAAAAAGUUUACAGUAUUCAAGGAAUUUUCUGUACACUAUUUUUUUAAAAGUGAAUGUAACAUAUUCAAAGAAAUUUCAGAUUUUCAGCAAGUCUUGCAUGUUAGUUUAGAGAAACCUCAAAUAAUUAUUUCCUGUGACAUAGUAGUCAGCCACACCAUCUCUUUCUUGGGGGCCAGGGGUGAGAAAUGUUGGGCCACUUCUGAUAAAAAUGUUAGUAUUAUGCCUAUGUUGGUGAAGACCAACUCAUACCCUGGAGAAAAAACUAUAUGGAAAAAUCUGAAUGAUAUGCAAAACGGUCCAUUUAAGAAUUGCUCUGGAUAUUUACAGCAUUGUCACCAUUUUUAUCUUCAGGUUAACAAGAUUACACAUGCUUCACAAGCCAAAGAUAGGAAAAUUGUUGACACAAAAAUGUUAACAAAAUUACAGUUCUCCUAUAGAGUCAAACAAAGGGACAACAGUGCUACAGUGCUAUAGAAUCAGAUAACUGAAGCCUCAAAAACUGACCUUUUUCUUUCCGUGAAUAUUAAUGAAAGAAAAAAUACAGUGUUAAAUAAUGCAGAAAAGGGAGAGUUAUUAAAUGACAUUGUUUCAGGAAAAAUUCACAGUGAAAGACAGCUGGAAGAAUCAUGUUCACAUCACAUAAAGCCAUCUGAAGAUUUAGUAAACAGAAGUGGAAGGUCACCCUUUGAUCUUUCAACUUCAGAUAAAAAAACUGAGAAAACUCCAGUACAUGUGAAUUUUUCAGACCCUAGUCCUUGGCCAAAAAUAAAUCAAACAGAAAGUCAAACUGUGAGCACUUUAACUUGUGAUAUUCCAUUGUUAAAAGAGAAAUCAACGCAUCAGAAAAAAAGAUUUUCACUGACAGUUUGUAAAGAUGGUAUUGUUGGUAUCAGGAAGAAUAUUGAAUCAGGUAAGAAAAUAGGGUCAGAUACUACCAGCAUUAACAGAGUUGCUGACACUUUGAAUAACUCAAGUAUCCAUCAGAAUCUCAAGGGAGAGCCCAGUGAAGAGAGGAAUGCAAUUGCAAAGACUUUUUAUGAUUCUUCUUUUCCCACAGAACAUGUGACAACAAAGCCUCUGAAAUCAACUCAGCCACAAAAUCCUUUUCAAUCAAUCAAUUUUACAGAGACUGCUCAUUUGGCUGCAUCUUCUAGUGAAGAUGAAUGGCAGAAACUUGUAAAAAGUCAAGUAAACACAACAGAAGAAUUCCUCAACUUAGAAAACAUCAAACCUAAAAAAAAGGGAGCAGAAGACAUGCAGGAAAACUGA